UAUCGAGCGUACAUUAAAGGAAGAAAAUCAUCAAAAGAAGUGGUGGAUGACCACGUUCUGAAAUAGGUAAACAAGCAAAGAGAGUUUCGAAGAGAGGAUUCAAAUCGGAGACGUCAGGAAAUGGCAGAAAAGUUUGCUGAUGAAGUCAUAAAAGAAUCAGUAAAGCUUCUGAAACGAAAACGAACUGCAACUCCCCCAAAUAAAUCUCCCACAGACAAACGAGCGACAAAAAAGCUGCUAAGCGAGCUGAGGAGGAACCUUCAAUUACUCGGCAACUCUUUCAAGACUCCAUUUUUGUGAAUACCGGUUUUUAUUUUUUGUUGGUAUAUACUGGUUUUGCUCGGUUAG